AUGAAUCAAACGAAGAAAGCGCAAGAAGACGGUAAAAGCUUUGAUCCUAAAGCCAGUAUAGUAAAGUUAGAUACUUUACUAGAAACGGUAGAAGAACUUCGUGCGUCAUUUAUAAGUGUAUGUGACUAUCUAGAAGAGUUAUGGAGUCCAGGCCAGUUUCAAGAUAACGCAGAAUUAUUGGAACGCGAAAAGCGUGGAGAAAAGGUUCUUGCACCAUCAUUUGAUGUAGAUAGAUUUAGUAGAAUGAAUGACUCGUGCGUAAAUACAAUGGAUAAGUUUCUACAAUUAAUAGCGUCAAGUGGAGAAGAAUUAGAAUAUGCGCGAAAAACUGCAACCUCCUGGGCAGAUAAUUCAUCGAUUCCUAUAAAAAAGUACAAACAUUUAAUAAGAUUUUUGGAAAUGAGCAUUAACGGGAAAUCUGGUGAAGUAAUAAACUAUGAAGAAGUGCAGAAAAAUAGUCAGCAAACAGCAAAAAUAUAUACUAAGGAGAGUGACAUAUACUUUAAGCGACGUAAAAAGUACGGUGUUUUCGGAGCUACUGAAAUAUACGAUGCUAGUACAAUCGACAAUUGGUUAGCCGAAGCAAAGCAAAAACCUUACCAUGUUGGUAUUGAGAAAGUUGAAUGUGACUUAUCAGGAAGGCCAUCUGGUUUGGUGGUGUCAGUAGACAAUUUAUUAAAAGCUGGGAUAAUACUAAAAUAUAAUGAUAUUAAUGGAUCAUCAGUGUCGUUUGUUCGAUUGACUGUAAUCGGAUACCAUGAAAAGAAAUCGAUUCGAGAAUUUUCAGAUAUUCUUGUAUUCCAACGUAUAACUCAAAUUGGGCUUGAAUUAUUUAAUAACUUGGAUCAAAGUGAUCCUAUGCCGAAAUUACUUCAAUUUCAGAUGCCAAAUCAUGAUUUAUACCUGGGUAUUAAUUAUAGUGAUCCUCCGACUCAUGUAUCCCUCUAUGACUUGUAUCCUAUCUUAAAACUACCCCCAGUAUCACCAUCAAAUUUUCGCUUCAUGUGA